ACAGCGCUUCAGAAAUGAUUAACCUUAAGGCAAAGAAGGAUUUUCAACCUCCACUUUAAAGCCAAAUACACUCUAGGCAUUUUUUUCAGUUUUCAUUCAUUGGUAUUAUCGUUCCAUGAGCGCAAUGUCGUUUUUAAUGAAAAAGAAGAAGUUCAAGUUUCAAGUGCAUUUCACAUUGGAGGAGCUUACAGCAGUGCCUUUUGUUAAUGGAGUGCUUUUCUGUAAGAUCCGGCUCAUUGAUGGUGGGGACUUUGCCAUCUUGUCAACCAGGGAGGAGGUGCAGCAAAACUGCGUUCGAUGGAAGAAGAAGUUCUCUUUUGUGUGUAAAAUGAGCGCUAAUCCAAUCACUGGAGUGUUGGACCCCUGCAUCUGCAGGGUCUCUGUACGCAAGGAGCUCAAAGGAGGAAAGGCCUUCUCAAAACUAGGUUUUGCUGAUCUCAACAUUGCUGAGUUCGCUGGAUCAGGUUCCACUGUUCGCUGCUGCAUCCUGGAGGGUUACGAUACCAAAAACACUCGGCAGGACAACUCUGUCCUCAAGGUAACUAUUGGAAUGACUCUUCUGUCUGGAGAUCCCUGUUUUAAAAUGCCUCCCAGCACAGCCAAAUCUGUAACCAGUGGAGAUGAGGACCCCAACCUGCAGCUGGACUGCAAGGGAGAGAGCACUGACCCUGCAGUGCAGCCACUAGGGGGCAUUAUGGAAGGACCUCACACCUUCAACCCCCGACAGCCAUCAGCACGAAGCUCAGGGCUGCCUGAGGAGAAAGUGAGUGUGUCCAGCCGAGACGAGGUCUUUCAAGCUGGUCAUUUCCGCAGCUCCAGCUAUGCCAGUCAACACAGCAAGAUAUCAGGUUAUAGCACAGGUCACUCACGCUGCUCCAGCCUGACUGACCUCAGUCACCACAGGCACCCCACCCAGCCACCUCCAUCCACCCCCACAGAGCCCCAUAGACAACCAAAUCCCAUUAAACCGGAGCGGCCUCCUCCACCUUCUACAGCAGCCCUCAUGUCCAACAGACCCUCCAGGAGGAAGAAGGACACAGUGGAGAGGCAGCCCAGCUGUGUGGACGACACCCGCAUCGAUGCGGAUGACAUUGUGGAGAAGAUUGUCCAGAGCCAGAACUUCUCUGACAGCAGCAACAAUGAAGACAGCAACUUGAGACUGUUUGUUAGCAAAGAUGGGACCACCACCCUCAGUGGGACACAGCUUGCCAACAGAGGAACACCUGGUGUCUUUGAGCCAGUGGUCAUUGAGACUCACUGAGGUACGUCAGCACGUAACACUGUGACUUCUGAUUCUCUGUGUAUGUGCAAGGAUGUGCACAGUACAAAACUACUAUGAUACAGAGACGUUCUAGUAUACUGUAUUUUUAAUCAGGUGGUGGGAGGUAUUUAACAUGCAAUUAUCAUGUUUUCUCAAAUAGCAGAUGCUGCCUUAUUUUACCACAAAUGAAGAAUGAACCAGGCCCUUAUUUCUAAUUUUACGUGGAAUAUUCCAGUCUGUUCCUUUUCCUCUUUGUAUGUUCAUUUAUGGUUCCUGUUAAUCCAGAUUCAACAUGUCCUCUAUCUGGUUUACAUUAAAACACUUCCAGCAGUCUAAGGUGAAUAGUCCUUCUCCUCUGCUGGGAAGCCGUUCCUGUGGGACGUCUGCAGGAAGUGUUGAGUUUCAUCACAGAAGCUCGACAUCAAUUCAUUUAAUUCAGUAAAUUUUCUAAAACCACCUACACAUGACUUACUUCACAGUUAAUGUGAAAUGACAUCUUGUUGUUACUUGGGGUCACCCAGAGUGUUGACAGCAGGCGGAGGUGCCCACAAAUAUUGAAUUUGUAUAAAUAUUGUGUGCGGUGUCAGUCAUUUUGUUAGUUUGUUUCUCCUCAUCACUCUUUUUAUACAGUUGUAAUGCAUUAUCUCAGCAGUACUGACAUUUGGCAGCCGUACUUUAGGUGUCUAAUGCAGUCCAACUAAAAUACUAAGAAGUUGUCAGGCCAUGGGUAGACAUCAGAUUUCACUUGUUAAGAAACUUUAUUAUAUUGGACAUCUAUAAAACCUUUGUUGAACAGUAUUGUUUAAUAUUGCAUUAUGUGUUUUACACGUGAAACAAGCUGCGUCAGGAAGGGCAUCCGGCGUAAAACACGUGCCAAAUGUCAACAUGCGAGUCGUCAGUGUGACGAUUCGCUGUGGCAACCCCUAAACGGGAAAAGCCGAAAGUGACUUAGUUCAGUUCACAUUAUUGAUUUACCACCGACUGACUAUUAUAUAUGAAACACCUGGUGAAUAUGUUUUAGCAUAUGAUACUUUUCUGACUUGUGAGGAAGACCCACCAGUUACAGCGUAAGAGCCAUCAAAAGCUCUUACUCGGUCACACUAAGUCUGUCACUGAAAUAGAAGAUUUUAUGAUAUUUUAAUGCUGUUUGAUGACUGUAUACAUUUUGUACUUAUUAUACUAUUUUGCACAUGUAUUCUCUGAGGAGGAUUGUUAGAAACCACUAAAAGGAAAUGGAGAUGGCAUGGUUGUCUAAAUGACACAGGACAUGUUCUAUCUUUAAAUUUCUUUAUUCUUUUAUGGUUUUUUUCAGUGAUCUUGUUAUGGGACAAAUGUAAUUUGGUAAAUCAAUCAAACGUUGUUCUUAUGGGAUAGCACAAAGCCUGUGUUCAUGUGGCAGGCCAUAUGUAACCAUCCAUUCUCUGCACUUACUGUGCUAAAUACUUACUGACUCUGAAUCUGAUUGCUCUUGUAAACUAGUCAAGAAAGAGUUUACUGUGAUGUUGUUGCUUCUCUGAAUUCUACCUGUUAAUUACUAGUUUUUCCAACUUGGUCAAAUUUACUCAAAUUCUUGUCAGAACUCAACAUGUGGAUUUAUUACACACAUAAAUUAACCCUGAAUGCAGGUGUUUUAUUAAUUGCAUUGUUACCUUGCAAGGGGCUGAGGAGAUAAUGUCCUUAAAGCUACUGUAAUUGAUUUUGACAACAAGCAAGAUACAGCACAGCAUAAAAUUGCUAGAACUUACAUAUGCCAGUUGCCUAUUUACACAUUCAGCAGACACAAAUUAGCAUUAGCUUUCAUUUGGAGCUGUGUUUCUGAUCUCAUGAUGAAUGCAUGUCCAGUAUUCACUCUCCUUUUAGCUCUGUUGGGACCAAAUAACAAUAUUUAUUUAAGUCAGUUAACCAACUUCAUUUAGCCAGUUACUGCUGAAUGAGGCUCAGAUUAAUGGAUGUGUAGAAUACUGGCCUUAUUCCUGCAGCUGCCCUGCCUACAUUCUGACUUCACACUACCAAAAAAGACAAACUUCAGCCGAAGCUCACUGCACUUUAUACCUUUAGCCAGUGUUUGUUUUGUGAGGAUGCUGCAAUAUACAGGUCUGUAGGACUGUAACUCAUAGUAGAAGAAAUUCCUAUUUUCCAUAUCACAGCUGAAUGGCUUGUGGAAACACUGCUCCUGUCACUUGGUAUAUAGAGCUAACAUUGAUACUGGCUGUAGUGAAGUCAGCCUCACAGCUGCAGCAGCACAAAGCUCCUGUUGUACCAAGACUUCACUGUGCAAUAGAUCACACCCAUGGAACUCAUUUGUGUGUUUUUGCAGUAUAUGUUAAUGGUUUGUUGAUACUGUACUGUAUGUGUGACUGUAUCACUAUAUGCAUGUGGGCCAUUCAUGUUUGACUGAUGUGAAAGGAUUUUAAAGCUUCCUUUUUAUCCUAGCUCUGGUCCAUGAAUUCCUGGUUAAUGCAGGGUAAAUGCUGGAUAAAUACUGUACUGAAAUCGGUUCUAAAAAAAGCCUACUGGUGAACACAUGGGAAUUCGUUUGCUAACUUUUUUUUUUUUUUACUGCUGUUUAAUGUGUCACCCAGGAGAUUUCAUUGCUGUCCACACUAAAGCACAAAAACUAGGAAAGCAUGUACACACAGUGCUUAUAAAAGUAUCCAUCCCAGCAAUCCUCAACUGUCAUUUCUGUAACUUUAAACAAAUGUGCUAUUCUCUCUGCCUCUUCCGGUCACAGCCCACAUGUAAACCUUCAGUCUGUUUUCUGUUUAUGUUCAGACCAGCAGGCUGGUCUACAGAUUUGUAUGUAUGUAAUAGCUACAGUUGCAGGAUGUCUUACUUACAGUGAAAGGUGGGCUCCUUAGAGAAAACAUGCAGAACAGGGAAACAUUGUGUUGGUGAAUUGUCAGCUACUGCAUUUAGAAAUACUUAUUCUUUGCUUUGUAUUUGACCAUAUGUGACAUUAUUAUAUUAUUUUAAAACUAAAUGCUUUAAAUGCAUGUGGUGAAAGGGAUUUUUUUGAAUAAUUUUCAAUUACACAGCAUUGUUGCAUCCCAAUGUAAUUAUGUUGGCAUACUGCAUUUGUAAUUGUGGCACUGAUUUAAUUUGCAUAGGAAGGAGCUUAUGGUAAACAGUUUUAGCUUAUUAAAUUGAAAUUGAAAUUAUACUUGUCGCAUUUGUAGAAUAAGAAAUAAAUGCAUAUAAAACACAAUAUGUUAAAUAAACACCAUUUUGUCUACAUUCUUGGCACACUUUUGUUUUCUUCUAAAGUCAACAUGUGAAUGGAAACCUGAUACGUAGAAUAAGACUACUGACAUACAUGUUAGUACCUAGCCU